AUGGCGACGGCUGAAUCGCUUCCGCAGAAGCCGCUUUUGGGCUCUGCGCCUGUAGCAUGCUCCGCGUGUCGGCGGUUAAAGAUGCGCUGCAUAGGAGCCGACAAGCCCCCAUGCGUCCGCUGCUCCAGAACGGGUCGAAAUUGCGUCGUCCAUGCUUCUCGAAGAGGGCAACAACAAUCGGCGAACUCUCUGCGCAAGAGGCAGCCACCAGUCUCAUCACCACCUCCAGACGCUUUAUACCAGCAGGCCAGUCAGAGUACGACAUGUGCUGCCACCGGCUCGGUACAGCGCUCGCCCCUGGCUCAUCCAACAUCGCCGCCGGCAUAUUCACUUCAAAGCCCCUCCUACAAAAGCGGACGUGUGUCUCCUGCUAGCACUUCACGGCCGGACCAAAAUGUCUCAUCCAGCUUGCCAUCAGUCUACUCCUCAUCCCCCUUGGAUGUGCUUGACUCGGUUGCAUCCCAGCAACCGUUGCCAGAGCCUUGGUCCCAGCUUGAGUCGGAUGGCAACGCAGCGCCCUUGGGGUCAUCGUCCAGAAGAAACCCGAACGACAUCCCCGACACCACUUUAGUGGAGCUCAUUGAAUUUUUCCGGGAGAAGAUCCUGUACUAUGUGCCUGUUAUUGACGACGCAGAUCUCAGGGACUCACUGUAUGUGGUGAAGCACAAGCGGCCACUCGCUUAUUGUGCAAGUUUCGUGGCAUCGCAGUUCAUCCCUGGAAGUACCAGUGUUCGCGAACAACUGAUCUGGCCCAUCUCAGAGUUCAUCAGGGCCACGAGUGGACCUCUGGCAGAGAAUGAAAACAUUGUGUGGACGCAACUGCAGGCCUUUGCGAUCCUCUACGCGUACCGCCCAGCAGCAGACAUGUUUCACGUCGCAAGCGCUCCCCGGGCUCCGGGAUUUCUGAAUCAUUGGGUGUUGAAAUAUUCUAUCGAAGCAUUUGCCUUGAGAGCCGGUCUUCACCGCUCUAUCGAUGGCCUAAAGACCCUGCUGCAGCAGAGCCCAACAGAUAUAUCGGUCUCACCAGCCUUUCAGAGAUACGUCUACUGGCUUUGGCUUGUCACCAUGUCUCAUCAUUUCUCUUUGAUGACGCGCACGCCUCCUACUAUCAGGGAAGACAGCACUAUCAGUUCAGCGGUUGACCUCCUGAGAGAUGUGCCAAAGCCAACACGUGUGACUCGCAUCCUCGCCGAGGUCGAUCUUUACAUGCUGUGGCAACAAGCAGGUCGAAGUGCCCCAGGCCUUGCAGAAUGGUGGUGCAAGCCAUCCGGCGCCAUGAACAUGGAGGAAGUGGCAGCAGUUCUGGAAGACAUGGAGGGGGCGCUUGAGGUCUGGGGUCAGCGAUGGGGACUCCGCGGAGAAUCCAAUAUGACUAUUUCGAAUGUGGACGUGUCCAGGAACGGAGCUGUGGAUUUCCACUUUCAGAGCACUCGCUUCUGCAUCAGCACCUUCGGCACCAGGUACAUUCUUGAAAAGGCAAGGUCAGCUCUCGACGCUCACACUGCAUCUCGCCGAGCCCUGGCUCAAGUGGCCAGAGAAUCCGUGGUGAAGUCUGUCGAAGCAGCCCAUGCCUGUUCUCGAUGUCUCAUGGACAUUCCACCUCUUAGACGCGAGAACAUUCGAUAUAUGGCCGACUUCGGGUAUGCUCUGAUAGCAUUCUGCUGUCUCUACAUAAUUCAGGCUUGCGAACUAUUCGGCCCCACCCUUCCCAACCCGACGAAAUACCUAGAUUCCGUUGAAGAAGUGGCAACGUUCAUGAGAGAAAUGGCGGUUGCGAAUAACACCACCCCUCAGUUCUAUGGCAACUCAAUAUUACAACAGCUCAAAAGGGUCCCUCGGAACACGGAGUAUUCCGCCGUUGACAACCAAUUAUGGCCAGAACAGCAUGAGCGAGCUGCAACGAGUCGUGCAACUAUCUCCCAAAGCCCGGCAGCGUCGAUCUCAGGAGGAUACCAAGUUCGGAUGGCAACCUUUGACGAUUUACCCGAAGCCGAUGGACCGGAAGGUUUUUCGCGGCCCAGCCCACAACUUUCUAACUGCCCCAUUUUCGACCCUAGCUGGGGGACGCUUCUGAGAUAG